GCUGGCUGGCGGGUUGGCCACUAGGUUGGCAGUUAGUCCUUGGGCCAGUGGCCUGUCGUUGGGUUCUCGGCUCUUAUGUUGGAAAGUGAGAGAGACACAGGAGCGAACCGCACACCUGAGCCUCCGGGAGAGAAGCUGUGCUCAGGCAUCCAGGAUGACUCCUCAGCAGCUUCAGCCUCUAACACAAGACCAUGUUUCCCGGGUGCUGGAGAGAUGGCUCAGCUGGUAAAAGCAGUGUCUGCUCUUCCAGAGGUCCUGAGUUCAAUUCCCAGCAACUACAUGAUGGCUCAAGACCUAUAUACUGAAAUCUGAUGUCCUCUUCUGUAGCAGCAGGGGGAGACUGAACAGAGAAAAGGAGCCAUGACUUCUGAUGCUAGUCAUAUGCUGGAAGCUGCCCUGGAGCAGAUGGACGGGAUCAUUGCAGGCACUAAAGCAGUUGCAGAUGUUGGUGAUGGGACCUGUGAGCCUGAGCUGUCUCCUUCAUCUUCCGGUAUGAACUCUGUACCUGUGCUCCAUCUCAUUGAGGACCUGAGACUGGCUCUGGAGAUGUUGGCACUUCCUCAGGAAAGAGAAGCCCUCCUGAGCCAGGUCCCUGGCCCAACAGCUGCCUACAUAAAGGAGUGGUUUGAAGACAGCUUGUCCCAGGUAAAUCACCACACUGCUGCUAGUAAUGAAACCUACCAGGAACGCCUGGCACGGCUAGAAGGAGAUAAAGAGUCCCUCAUACUACAGGUGAGCGUCCUCACAGACCAAGUGGAAGCCCAAGGAGAGAAGAUUCGGGACCUUGAAGUGUGUCUGGAAGGACACCAGGUGAAACUCAAUGCUGCCGAAGAGAUGCUUCAGCAGGAGCUGCUAAGUCGCACAUCUCUAGAGACUCAGAAGUUGGAUCUCAUGACUGAAGUGUCUGAGCUGAAGCUCAAGCUGGUUGGUAUGGAGAAAGAGCAGAAAGAACAAGAGGAAAAACAGAGAAAAGCAGAGGAGCUACUACAAGAGCUCAAGCACCUCAAAAUCAAAGUGGAGGAGCUGGAGAACGAACGGAACCAGUACGAGUGGGAGUUGAAGGCCACUAAGGCUGAGGUAGCCCAGCUGCAAGAACAGGUGGCCCUAAAAGAUGCCGAAAUUGAGCGUCUUCACAGCCAACUCUCCCGGAGUGCAGCUCUUCACAAUGACCAUGUAGAGCGAGAUCAAGAAAUCCACCGUCUGAAAAUGGGGAUGGAAACACUGCUGGUUGCCAAUGAGGAUAAGGACCGUCGGAUAGAGGAGCUGACAGGGCUAUUGAACCAAUACCUAAGGGUGAAGGAGAUUGUGAUGGCAACUCAGGGGCCAUCAGAGAGAACGCUCUCAAUCAAUGAAGAUGAAGCAGAGGGAAGCUUCAGAAAAUGGAAUGCCAUGAAUAAAAGUCCAGAGGAAGUAUUGAAGCAAGAGGUAUCCUCACGAUGCAGCUCUCCCACCCCAGGACCACCUCCUUUGCCACAGAAAUCAUUGGAGACCAGGGCUCAGAAGAAACUUUCCUGUAGUCUGGAAGACUUGAGACGUGAAUCUGGGGAUAAGUGUGUUGAUGGGAACCAGCUGUCCCUGAUAGGAGAGCUCAAGGACAGCUCUUUCCUGGCAGAGCAGAAAUACCCUACAUUACCUGGGAAGCUCUCAGGAGCCACGCCCAAUGGAGAAGCUGCCAAGUCUCCUCCCACUGCCUCCCCCCCGCUUGACUCUUCAGGGGGCAGCCUGAUGAAGCUGAGAGACACAGAAGGUGUUUGGGAAGAUGUAGUGGUGGCCAAUGAACUCUCGUCUGCUUCGUCUGGUACUGAGUCAAGCCCCCAGUCUCCCCUAACACCAGACGGCAAACGGAGCCCCAAAGGCAUCAAGAAAUUCUGGGGAAAAAUCCGAAGAACUCAGUCAGGAAACUUCAACACUGAUGCACCAGGGAUGGCAGAGUUUCGACGAGGUGGGCUCCGGGCGACCGCAGGGCCAAGACUUUCUAGGACCAGGGACACCAAAGGACAGAAAUGUGAUGCAAAUGCCCCCUUUGCCCAGUGGAGUACAGAACGUGUAUGUGCAUGGCUGGAGGAUUUCGGCCUGGCUCAGUAUGUGAUCUUUGCCAGACAGUGGGUGACAUCUGGCCACACACUACUGACAGCUACCCCUCAGGACAUGGAAAAGGAGCUAGGAAUUAAACACCCCCUCCAUAGGAAGAAGCUGGUUUUAGCAGUGAAAGCCAUCAAUGCCAAGCAAGAGGAGAAGUCUGCGCUGCUUGACCACAUUUGGGUGACACGGUGGCUUGAUGAUAUUGGCUUACCCCAAUACAAAGACCAAUUUCAUGAAUCAAGAGUUGAUGGGCGGAUGCUGCAAUACCUAACUGUGAAUGAUCUACUCUUCUUAAAAGUCACCAGCCAACUACAUCAUCUCAGCAUCAAAUGUGCUAUUCACGUGCUACAUGUCAACAAGUUCAACCCCCACUGCUUGCAUAGGAGGCCUGCUGAUGAGAGUAACCUUUCUCCUUCAGAAGUUGUGCAGUGGUCCAACCACAGAGUAAUGGAGUGGCUGCGAUCCGUGGACCUGGCAGAGUAUGCACCAAACCUUCGUGGGAGUGGUGUCCAUGGUGGCCUCAUUAUCCUGGAGCCACGCUUCACUGGGGACACCCUAGCUAUGCUUCUUAAUAUACCCCCACAGAAGACGCUCCUCAGGCGCCAUCUGACCACCAAGUUCAACUCCCUGAUUGGUUCUGAGGCUGAACAGGAAAAGCGAGAUAAAAUGGCCUCACCUGCCUACACACCUCUGACCACCACAGCCAAAGUUCGGCCUAGGAAACUCGGGUUUUCACAUUUUGGAAACAUGAGAAAAAAGAAGUUUGAUGAAUCUACGGAUUACAUUUGCCCCAUGGAGUCCGGUGAUGCUGUCAGUGACAGUCACAGGGUCUACAGUGUCUACCGAAGCCUCAGUCCCCUUGAUAACCAUGAACUAGAUGGGCUGGACCAGGUGGGACAGAUAAGCUGAUGCCCCUGUCAUCUGCCUUUUCUGUGCACGGAGAGCUUACAGUAACACCGCGUGUCACCAUAUAACUGCAUUUCACCCCCAUCCUUGUGCAUGACCUGCAGAAAACAGCAAAUGUGUGCCUUUGGGCUGGUCUCCCUACACACCCUAAGGAUGGCCAGGAUAUGCAGUUACACAGCUGCAAAGGGGACAGGCUUUGGGGACUAUAGCCAAGAGUGUGGGCUCAGGGGAAAUCAUCUGAAGACAUUAUACAUAGUAAUUCUUAAUAUCCAUAUUUCACCUGGAAACACAUGAGCGGAGGCAGCUCUGGGCAAUCCUGAGAGGAUCAGGUCUCAGACGCUGCUCCUAUGCCCCAGCUGAGGGAAGAAUUCAAGUGCCUUAGGCCUGUGGGUCAGAGUCUUGGCUGAGAUCAAAGGGGCAACAGUGGGUAUUUAGGCCAUGGUGAAAACAUCAUUUGAUUGUACCUUACUGUGGGGCAGCAACUUCUUUCUGAUAAUAAAAAUAAAAACAAUAUUUAUGU